AUGCGAUUUCGAAACCGUGGACACGUCGCAAUGCUAAUAAGAACGAUCAUUCUAUCGCUCGUUGUAAGUUUUGGGCAAGCUCAGUCUCAUCUAGGCCGUAAAGCAAGAUCUAUUCAAGCCGAUCAGUUGAAUAAUGCAACAUAUGACUUCGUUAUUGCUGGCGGUGGUAUUGCUGGAUUAACGGUGGCAGAUCGGCUUACCGAGAAUGCAAACGUUGCCGUCCUUGUCAUUGAACACGGACCUUUCGACCAGAAAGAGGACAGUGUCAUGAUACCUGGAGCCUACUUCCCAGUGCCCUACCUUUGGCUGCCGUUGAUGAGCACUCCUCAAGCAGCUCUAGGAGGGACUUCAUACGGCGUACCAUGUGGCCGAGUUGUUGGUGGAGGAUCUGUCGUAAACGCCAUGUUUUUCCAUCGCUCCGACGCUGAAUUGUACGAUAGUUGGGAGGAUCUUGGAGCUACUGGUUGGGGCUGGACAGACUUGUUGCCUUAUUUCAAAAAGAGCGAGACUUUCACACCCCCAGAUACUUCAUACGCGGCCGAACGCAACAUUACUUGGGACUUAUCCGUUCAUGGCUCAACUGGACCCGUCCAGGCGAGCUAUGCGCCCUACGAUUACCCCGGUAGUGCAAACUUCUACAACGCGGCCGUGAAUCUUGGUAUACGACCCUCACAGGACCCCAACAAUGGGCGGGCACAAGGAAUUUUUCGUCUUUUGCGGUCUGUGAAUACUAAGACGCAGACUCGUUCUUCCGCCUGCGUCAAUCAUUACGACCGAGUUGGCGAGAGAUUGAACUAUCACAUCCUUGCUAACACAGCGGUGUCUCGUGUCAUCUUUGAAGGCACUACUGCUCUGGGUGUCACGUUCGUCAGCAACAACAAUGGUACAGUGGGUGAAGUGCGCGCAAAAAAGGAGGUUAUCAUUGCUGCUGGGGGUGUCCACAGUCCGCAAAUCCUGCAGCUUUCUGGAGUCGGUGAUGCAUCCCACUUGAAGAACCUGGGUAUUGAGCCAGUCUCCGAUUUGCCAGGCGUCGGUCGUAACUUGCAAGAUCAUCUCGUUCUGAAAGUCAACUACAACUACACAUCUAAUCAUGUGCCCAAUGGGGGCACCUUGCAAUCUAAUGCAACCUACGCAACUGAACAGCGCGCCCUCUAUGACGCUGGUCACCCAAGCGCGUACGAUCUAACGGUUACCACUGGAAAUACAAUGAUUCAACUACCUUUGUCUAACUGGACUUCGAACACCUCGUCAAUCAUGGCCCGGGUCAAGGCUAAUGGUCUCGGCGCAAUGUUGGGCAGGAACGUUCCAUCUACAGUACUCAAUGGCUACAAGAAGCAGCGAGCCAUCAUCAUCCGAGAUAUCAAUACUGUGACCGUUGGAGGCGUAUCUUGGAACACUGGCCCUGAGACUAGUAUCUACUUAACUCGUCCUUUUAGUCGCGGAUCCAUCACAAUCAAUUCGACCAGCAUAUUCGACACGCCCCUCAUUGACUAUGGCGCUCUUUUAGACUGGACAGACCUCGAUAUUCUACACGCAAUUUAUCUGAAGAACCGUGAACUUAUGGCAUCCUCAGAUAUUGCUGUUCUCGGGCCUAUCGAGACUGCUCCGGCGCCUGGCUUGAGCGACGACGCUGAGGUUAAAGAGAUGCUCAAGAAAGCGCUGGCUCCAAGUAAUGCGCACCAAUGCUGUACAGUGGCAAUGAUGAAUAAAGAAGACGGCGGCGUUGUGGAUCCAAAAAACAAGGUGUAUGGGACGGAGCAGCUCAGUGUUGUUGAUGCAAGUACAUGGCCGCUGAUUGUUGGUGGCGGACCCCAGGCGAGUGUGUAUGCUUGGGCUGAGAGAGCUGCGGAUAUGAUCAAGGAAAGGCAUGAUCUGAUGUAG